AUGUCCAACUCCCUUUUGGUUGAACAAGCACGUCUCUCGCACGUGGACAUUGAACAAGCGAUCAAAUCGGUCGUGUAUGAAAUUAAACAUCGGGCCAAAACCCAAAAACACAUGGUCUAUCAAAAUCAUCGCUUGAAUCAUCAUCUUCAACAAAUACAGGAAAAGGCCCAAUAUUUGAAGGAAAAUAUUUAUGGAGUAGCAUCAUCGGGUGAUGAUCAUCAAAAACAGCAACCAAAUUCUUCUCAUGUACCGUCGGGUACUAAUGGCACAACAACAUCUGUAAAUAGCGUUUUUUUAGGUUCACCUGAGACGACGUCCGAUCAAUUAAAAUCUGUGCGGGCUCAACUCACCGAAACAACCUUCCCCAAUACAAUUUCUAGUUUUUAUUCUCGAAUGGCUGAAAUUAAAGAGUACCACAGGAAGUUUGCGGUGAAAAUUGAAAAUAGAAAUACAUCGGAAUCUAGUGAUGAACAAUUACAAAGCAAAAUCCAACAAAGAGUUCAAAAGGAAAUUGAAAGCGGAGUUGUUUUUAGUGAUGAGGAAUUAUAUGGAAGGUAUGUCGAUUUACAUGCGCACUAUAACGCGUUCUUGGACUUGAUUAAUGAAAAGCCCUUGGAAUCGGUUACGAACAAUGGAGCUGAGAACAUUCCAACUCCUGCCUCCAUCCAGCAAAUUGAUUAUAUGGAAUACUUGAACACCAUUGGACAGUUUGACAAGAUAUCCCUAGAUGUGAAAAAUAGCGAAAAAUACAAGACCUAUCUCGAAGGCUUGCUGUCAUAUUUUAUUGAUUUCAUGACGAGAACUCAACCUCUCAUGAACAUGCAAAAGAUGAUUCACGAUGUGGAAGAAGAUUUUGAUAAAAAUUGGAGAGAAGGAAAUGUGGGCGAAGUUUGGGCUUUUCUCAAACCUACUCUCAUGAAACAACAAGGUGAACAAAAUAAUGCUUCACAACAAAAACCUCAAAUGAACACGAAUAAUUCAGGCCAACAACAGCAAAAUUCUGCUGCUGAACAAAAGAAAAAGAAACGACGAGGUGGUAAGAGAAAGAGUCUCCAUAACGUCGAAAAGAUGAGAGCUUUGGCCUUGUUGGAAGCCAAAAUUUCCAAGUUUCUACAGGAUUGGCUUGCCGAUGUCAUUCAACAAACCAAGGUCAAUGUCGAAAAGAAAUCCACUCGAACUUGGGAAGAAAAUCAAGCAGAACUCGAGAGAAUUGAAAAACAAAUGGAUCUCGAAGAUGACGAAGAGUAUCAGAGACAACAACGAGAAAAGCGAGCAGCAUCAAUGGCAAACCCAGACGAUCCUCUUAGCAAGUAUGCAAGUAAGAAGAACAAUCCUCUCAAUUUACCACUUGGUCCAGAUGGAAAACCAAUUCCCUAUUGGCUCUACAAGUGGCAAGGUCUAGGAAAUGAAUACAUUUGCGAAAUUUGUGGAAAUCAUUCAUAUUGGGGUCACCGAGAAUUUGAAAGACAUUUCCAAGAAUGGAGACACGCUAAUGGUAUGAAAUGUUUGGGAAUUCCAAAUACAAGACACUUUCAUCACAUUACUAAAAUCAAGGACGCCCUCGAUUUAUGGAAGAACAUGCAACAACAAGAGCAACAACAGCAUUGGGAUGAAGGUGAAAUGGAAGAAGUAGAAGAUGAAGAAGGAAAUGUUUACACCAAACAAACUUAUAUUGACCUCAAGAAACAAGGUUAUAUUAAGGAGUCAAAAGAUACAAAGAGACAAAAGUAA